UCAACGGAAGCAGGUCUGUGUCGCUUUGUUUUGGCAUACAAGUAUAAUACGAGCAAUUCGAUGUGCGGCAUGUUAAGCUAAAACUGUUUUGUAUUGAAGCACAUUUGAAUAUAACAACAUGGUGUUUCAUCGACCGCUGCUUUUAGUUUCUGGUGCCAAACGUUUGAAAUUGUUGCUCUAUGCGCUAUGUAUGAUCAUUGUCUUCAUCCUAGUCAUCGUCUACAACUGGUCAACGGCAGUGCGACAAGACUCGAGCUGUUUCAUACAGACGGACUUUCAAUCCGAAGCAAGAAGUCUACCCAAGACUCUAGGAGAUGUCCUGCUGACGGAACCUAAGCCUACACCUGGAAAAACUAUAUUCUUUCUGGAAACAAGCUGUCCUCAUAAUCCCCAUUCGCUGCAAUUGACGGCACGCCAAGCUUGUGCCAUUGAAUCAGCCGCCUUGCAUAAUCCCAACUUCCAAGUGUUUGUGCUCUUCGCCAGUCCGCGCAAUCAUCCUCAGGACAACAGCAGCGGAAUUAAUGAGCCUUUAAUCGAUGCCAUCUUGAGCUAUCCAAAUGUGCAGCUGCGUCAACUGAAUCUAAUGCGCUAUGCAGCAGAUACUCCCAUUGAUGAUUGGUUCAAGGAUGGACAGCUCUUCCGUUCCAGCUAUAUGGUCGUUCACAUUUCGGAUCUGCUUCGUUUGGUCACCUUGUAUCGUUUUGGCGGCAUUUACAUGGAUCUGGAUGUCGUGUUCCUGCGCAGCAUGGAGAAUGUGCCUCUGAACUAUGCAGGAGCUGAGUCGGAUACCCACAUAGCAAAUGGGGUCAUGAGCCUAGCUCCCACUGGGUUUGGUCAUCAAUUUGCGGCGUCUUGUCUGCGUGAAUUCCAACGAAAUUUUGAUGGCAGCGAUUGGGGCCACAAUGGACCUGGUGUGAUAACACGUGUGGCGCAAAGGAUUUGCGCUACAAAGAACAUCACAAUGAUGCUAAAGGAUCGGAAACGUUGCCUUGGCUUUCAGGUGUUCGAACGAAAUGCAUUUUAUGCGGUGCCUUGGGUGAACUGGCGACACUUUUUCGAGCCACAAUUUCUAAAAGAAACUCUAGAGAAGACGAAGGAUUCCUUUCUAAUACAUGUAUGGAACAAACACUCCUAUCAACAUCCGGUUACGGUCGACAGUGCCUAUGGUAAAAUUGCGGCGCAGAACUGUCCCAGAUCGUAUGCGGCAGCGGGAAAAUAUUUUUAGAGUGGAAUCAAUAGAGUUCAUAGAAGAUCUUUGAUCACAACCAUUAUCUACCUCACGCCUGCAACAGGCUUUUCCGAAUUCUACAUUUCAACUUCUUUUUCUUAGUUGAAUCUUAGUCUUAGGUAAAUAACAUGAGAAUCUUAAUAAGAAUCUAGUGCCUUUCCAGUCAUUGAAAGAGCCGUAUGCUUAUAAUUGUGGCCUUAUUUUACGUUAAAGCUGAUUUCCUAGCUAGUUUCCUAACAAAAAAAACUCGAUUUUGCAGAAAUGGCAUUUAAAGCUUUUAACUCGUUACCACGUUGCAGUAAAAACAAGAUUUUUUUUUACUCUCAUAUCAGUAUACAAAAUAUGAGUAUGAUUUUUUAUACAAUAUAGAGAACAGGACAAAAAGAAUAUUUCUGCAUCAUUAACUCAAAAAACACGCUUUUUUUGAGCAAAUAAGCUAUAUAUUUUUAUACUUUUGAGAAGAAUAUUUAAUUUAAUAUCAUUAUUUGACGUUUAAAAUUUAAUUCUAGAAAUAAUAUCAAAUUAAGUUUCGUUAGUAGUCGGUUUGACUAACGAACAUGAUGUAAUCCCAAAGAGAAACUAUUUAUAAUAACAUAUGUAUCUAAAGUAAAGUAAUAUCUCAAAUUGAGAAUAUCAGUGGAGUCGAUUGUUUACUUUUAAGUAUAACUAUUCCAGCAUUGUAGAAACGGUUAUUAUUAAAUUUUCGACACAGAUCAUUGUAAAUAAAUUUACAGCCGAUCA